AGUGUAUGCGUGUGACGACGAGGUGCGCGUGCACUAUGCUGCACAACUUCCGCGCCAAGACGGAGGGGGAAGGAGCGAAGCUGCUGCUCAUCAGCAACUCUUCCCGACUAUCUUUUGCAGAACAAACCGAUCUAGGAGCUGUCUACAUGUGCCAUUGCACAACAUUCACCACAUCGAAAUGCAAGGCAGCCUCGAGUGGAAGAAAUGACGGAGAAGGAUGAGCUGAUGCUAAAGGGAGAAGACGCCGAUGGGGCGGCCACUGUCGAGCGCCACACUCUGCGCGAGCGCAUCGCGCCCCCUUUCAGGGAGCUUACACUCUCGACAGAAGCACAACCUUCGCUUGGAGCAGAACACUCUUCACCACACGACGAAGCUACAUCCCCAAUCGCAGCAUUACCAGCCGCAAUAGACGAUCGGCCACAUCUGCUAGUCCUGUGCGGUGUAGUGGGAUCCGGCAAGUCCUCAUUCGCCCAAUCGCUCUGUUCUCUCCAACGACCACGCUACAUUCGAGCCUCUCAAGACGUGCUUGGCGAUCGACAAUCCGUCAUCUCUCUCGUCUCGCAGAAUCUUGCACAAAGACGCAACGUGGUCGUGGAUCGAACCAAUGCGGAUGCUUCUCAGAGGGCGUACUGGUUGGAUCUGGGUCAACAGUAUGGAGCCGAGACGGACAUCAUCGUCUUCGAUACGCCCUUUAGUACGUGUCAAGCACGUCUACGGGCAAGAAAAGACCACGAGACGCUCAAGUCUCCUGCUCAAGCACUCAAUGUGCUCAGAUUAUUCACGAAGCAAUGGAGGAUGCCCACGAUGGAAGAAGGCUUCGAGCAUCUUCUUGUAUUGCACGCACGGGAGGAGGAGGAGGAGGAGGAGGAGGAGGAGGAUGAAAGCCCAAAAAGACCUGACUAUGGGCAUGCUGAACCAGCGCAAUUUUGGAGCGAAGAGGCGAUCAUGCACGUACUGCAACAGCUGCAGGCACAGGCAUGCCCUGCUAAAGCUCGAGAUAAAUAUGUCGCCGAGUGGGAAGCGGGAGGAGGCACAGGCGGUGCGCAAUGUCGAGGGAGUGGGCGCGGACGCGGGCGCGGAAGAGGUGAUAGGUCAGGACGCGGCAGAGGCGCAUCGAGUGGUGAUGUGAGCAGCGACAGAGGGAGAGGGGCGCACCGUGGAAGAGGACAGUACCGGCACGAACCGGGCAGUGUACCACCUUGGCGUGUGCCCGGCGCUUUCGGAUCUGCAGAUCAUCACGACCAGUCACACAUCGCCGAGGCACGCUGAAGCUUCCACUCAUCCAGGCGCGGAUCGAGGGGCUCUUUGGCCAAGGCCAGACGUGCCCAAAGCGUGCUCGUGACCUCUUGCUGACGGGCUGACGCGGAAGGAACGAGAGGCACGAGCUCGGCUUGGCGCUGGUGUAUUCCGACCCUCAGCCACGCAUCUCGAGCCACGUGUAGCAGCAGCACUCGACUUCACACCUGCCAUCAGUCAAGCAUGUCGAAUCUGCUCUGCCGUAUGCGACGAGCUGAAAAGCAGACGGUCCUGCCAGCUUGCACAUUGCUGUCGGGCACUCUUCCGAGCCGCGCAACACCAGUGCCGUGCAUAUUAUCGAUUGCUAAUGUGUUUGCGUGCAGAGUAAUGAGUGGUGCUUGGUGGUCGAUUGUCGCCAGCCGAAAAAGCUUCUAGGAAUGCCAAGAUUCCGUCGUCUGCAAUCAAAAUGAUUAGAGGCCCA